GUGAGCUGCGGCCAACUUCACGUUGCAAAAUACUGUUGUUUGUGUUUGUAAAUAAAGGCCAAACAGAGUUCGGGAAACUCGACUCGAAACCAACCUUUAGACCAGAAUGUAACACCUCGAAAACGCAAACAACAUAAGCCACAAAGUGUUCAGUUGAAAUAAGAGAAGCAAGUGAGCGAACGGCAAGCAAACAAGUGAGAGACAGCGAAAAGUGGUGGGCAGGAAGUGGGAAGUGCGAUGUAUGACAACAAACGAGGCGACGAAAAAAGAAAAAAGUGUGUAUUGGCCAAGCCAAGCUCAAGAAAAGGUUAAAAAAGUUAGCAACAAAAAGCAGCAUUUUGCUCUCACACACACACAGUCGGCGACGGCGUCGGCGGCGGGGCUCCACGACGCUCGCCCUCACACUAAAUCGGCCGUACAUAUCUCUCGAAAAAAAAAACUUUUUAAAGCGGACGCCAGCGUUUUGGUUCUCAUUUCGUUGAAACGGUGAAACGGUAAAGAACCUGUCGCUUGUCGGAUAGAAGCGAUUUCCGCCGUUCAGCAAAAAUAGCUUUAUUUUUCUAUUAAAACGAGUGUGUGUGUCGUCUAUGUGUGUGUGGCUUUUUUAUGCAUCAGAAGAGAUCAUCAUUUGCCAAAAAGCAAGAAAGCAAGCAAGCAAGAAGAAGAGAAAGAAGAAGAAGCAGUAGUAGCUGAAAAAUACGUAAAAGAAAAGUGCAAAGCGAAAGUUCGUUUGUGCAGCAUCCGCCUGCUCGCUCGAGUAACGGUAACGCCUCCCCCUUAAAGCCUCUGCAACCGGGUCGCCGUCGCUCUCUCUCUCACUCACUCUCUCUCUCUCUGUUCCACCAACACAUUCCACGGAAAGCGAAAAGCGCGUGUGUGUGCCUGGGUGUGUGUGUAUGUGUGUGAUUUCCUUAAGCGAUUUCCAUUUCAAUAUUUUUCAAUUCCCAAUAAAUUGUGUUCGGACACUGGCCAGAUGUGUUUAUUAAAUGAUUGCGCACACUGUAUGUUAUUAUGGCCUUAUUGAAUAAACUCUUCUUCCCGUCGGCACCAACACCACCCGCAGCAGCAGCAGCAGCAACAACAACAGCAUCUGCGGCAACGUUAAUUAAUAGCCAAACAACAGCACCCACAUUGCCGGCACGUACGAAUCACGCCUCUGCCGCGGUCGGCGUUGCUCAGUCGGCCACCCCCUCAGUCGGCGGCGGCAAUAGUUCGUCGUCCGCAAAAGCUACAAAACAAACUUCGCGAAAUUAUCUAAGUCGAUUCCCUUUCGAGGGCAGCCAGGUGCGAGUUCUGCUCUACAAGGAGGAUGAUAGCCGGCGGCUGCUCUUCGACUCCAAUGCCCUGCAGAAGGUGACGCACAGGGACGCAUCUUCCGCAUCUGGAUCUGCAUCGGUGACCUCCUCGUCAGCCUCGUCAGUGAGUGGUGGUGGCGGAAAGUUCGUCAAAAAUGAAAAGUACACAUCGCUGCAAAAUGGCAAAAUCCAGGCCAAGGCACAUUCCACCAAUGGCACCAAUUUCAUCGACGUGUGUGCGGAGUACGGCUUCAAGCACAAUCGGCCAAACGGUGACGACAUCACACCGCUGGGCGAGAUGGUGUUCGGCUCGUUGCCGAUGUCCUUUUGCGGCACGGCCCUGAAGGUUCACUGGCUGCCGGAACCGGCACGUAUCCUAUGCUCUCAGGUGUAUCUGACGCCCACGAAUAAUGGAGUGUCUGGUUCCCGAGCCGAUCACUCGCCCUACUCCACUCUGUCCACCGGCAGCUUGGCGACACCUCGCACCUCCAUCUGCAGCGAGCACGGCUCCAUGGACGGACUGUCGAUGAACUCGUUCUCGAUGCCAUUCAGUGUCAGUGUGGGCCGGCAGAUGAGCUUGACGCCACCGCUGGAUGUUCCGGUGGCGCCGUCGGAUCAGCAGUCGCUCUCCAUUCAUUCAGUCGACUCCAGUGGUCCUCGAUUCUCCUCCACCUACAGCACGGCCACGGACUCGGGCUACUCUGCCAGCGGGAGUGGCAGUGGAACUGGCGGAGAUCAGUGGUCGUACCAGUCCACGCGCAGCAGCUUGGGCAGUGUUCUAUCCGAUCAGUCGGAUGCACUGCGAAAACUAAGCGUGGACUCGGCGUGCUACACCGGAUCAUCGCCCUACCUGGACGGAUUUGCCAGCGACGGCUGCCUGCAGCGACGAAUCUCGCGCAACUUGCGCACCUCCUUUGAGAACGAGCAUUCCAAGAACGAUUUUAUCGGCUUCCUAAGCGACAACUACCCCACAGUUCCCACGGCUGGUGGUGUAGGCGUCGGCGGUGGCAGCGAGGGCGGCGGCAUGGCUCCGCCCCAGUAUAGACGGGCCAGUUACAGUGCGAAUGAGACGCGCAGCAAUCCGGAGAUGGGCAGGCGGCAGGCCAAUCUCCGCCGCCGGGCCAAACUCGGCUUGGCCGUGUGCAUUUCGAUGAGCGAGUCCUUCGAGGAGGAGAUGGAGCUCUUCUGCAGCGAGCACAUUGCCCUGCUGGAGUCCAUGCUCAGCCGGCUGAGGGCCAGCACGGAACAUGCCUACAUAAAUCACAAAAACUUUCUGCAGAUCAUGUUCCAGGCCUGGCAGGACACACAGCAGUGGUUCAGCGACCUGUUCACCGCUCCGCGCAUCAAGACCCCCGUCUGGCUGAGCAUCACCACCAGCGGCAGCAAGUACUCCAAGACGGUGGCCGAGCGCUUCAUCAAGGAACUGUGCGAUCUGCUCUCCUUCGCCGACACCAAGGACUCCAAUUUCUUUAUUAGCACCAUGUUGACCGGCAUUCUCACCCACCACCUUGGCUGGGUGGCCACAGUGUCCGCAUUCAACAGCGCUGGUCGCCGGCGAUCGGAGAUCGCCUCGUCGGCUUCCUCGGCGGCUAUCGAGCAGCGGGCGAAGCUCCAGCAGGUGGCCCAAAAGCAUCCCUAUAACGCACUGUGGGCGCAGCUGGGCGAUCUGUAUGGGGCCAUUGGGAUGCCGCCCAAGCUGGCACGCACCAUUGUGUGUGGUGCGGAGAAACUGUGGGUGGAGAAGCUGCUCAAUGUGCUCACCUACUUCAUUCGCUGCAGCGAGGUGCGACGUGCCGCCAAGCGGGAGGACUUCAACAAGCAACUCAUCAACGAUCUGGUCUCACAGAAUCAGAAUCAAACCCAGCCGGGCAACCAGGAGCGCCACAAAAGUCCACCAACCCAAAUGCGAGGACUUAGUCGGGCAGCCACCUGCAAACAGAACCUAAAUGCCAUUGCGGAUGAUGGGGACAUCGAAUGCAACCCGAACGAGUAUGGGCUGGAGGGAGAACUGGUGAUAGACUCCGGUGAUGGGAUGCAGACUCUAAAGAAGAACGAGAUUCCCACGGUGCUGGCCUUCAGGGACUCGCAUUUUGUGCAGCAGGAGCUGCGUAUCGGUAACUAUCUGAUGGACACGGGAAUCGAGAAGAAAACUUUGCUGGCGCGGCAGGCGCAACAGUACUUCCACACGGGAAAGGACGGCCGGAUCCGUUUAACCGUGACGACACCGGAUAAUGUGGAACUUUGCAUGGAGGAGGAUCAAUCCAGUGGCACCACCGGAUCCGUGGGGACUGGCUCCGUGGAUGAUGGUGCCAUCGAGGCUAUAGAGUUUGAUGAGAACGAGGAAGCCCCGCCCAAGAAGAACAUCUUCUGGAACAUGGCGAGCGUUAAGGAAGGUCUCAGUCUCAGCGACUUUGCCAAGUUGCAGCAAGGUAUCCGUAUCAUCAACCGAAAGUUGGAUCGCCGCUGCAGCAGUUAUUCGGUGGAAGGGAUUCCGGAUCAACUGAUAAAGGCACCAGGAGGUGACUUUGAACCGCUGACCCACGAGCGACGGGCCUCGCACUUAUCGCUCUCCGAUCUGAUAACCCAGAACAGUAUGGGCAAGAGCGAUCGCAUGACCUGGGGCAUUGAGCCCAUAAAGGAGAACGUGAGCUUGGAGGAGCAGAUCCACUUUGACCACUGCCACAAGCUGAUAGAACGGGAGCACGGAAUAUGCAGACAGCAGUCGGCCGACAAUGGCAAUGGCGUAGUGUUCGUUUUGGGGGACAAUGAGCCGCUCAUCAAUUUGAAGAAGAGCAGCGAGGAUCUUAGUGGGGAUCAGGAGGCCAAGCCAACCACACUGAUGCUGUGCGCCCAGCACCAGCGCACCCACGACAACAAGAAGCACUCCGGAAUGAAGUUCAACUUUGAGCAAUAUCCACAGAUCGCCACCAACUACAUGAAAAGUAAAAACCUCGUCAUGUCUAACUACGAUCUGCUGAUGGACAAGGCCACCAAGUUGGAAGCUAGCGAAGCGGCGGCUCUGAAGGGAAGUGACAGCACUGCCACGCUGGCGGCCAGCAGCAGCUCCACCGCAGCCCUGCCUCCCAAUCCGGCUGCCCCCAAUGCCACGACGGCCAGCGGUGAAAGAUGUGUAAUCUGCAGUAGCGGCACCACUUCUGCUACCUGGAACCAAACGCCCUCGAACGCCACCGAAUUGGAGUUCGAGACGGACGAAGUCCACUGCUACAGCCAAAGUGGCAACUCCAGCUCCAUGGCAUUGCAGUCCGUGAACUCGGCUGCCUCUAUUGAUACCCUUAAGUCGGCCGUAACCGUGGAGCCUCAGAGUCCAACGAUUCCCAGUCAGGUUCAGACCACCUACGUGCGUAAACAGCAGCCCAAGAGGGUGCCAUCGGGACGUAGUUCUGUCUCCUCGGUGGCCGCCAAGUGUGCGGCCGUGAAUGUGUCUCAGCAACUACUGAAGCUGCCCGUUCCUGGCAUCAAGGAGCUGCCGCAGGAUGACGAUUCGCCAGGCGAUCAGUUGAGGGCAGGCUUCAUUCCAUCGCUGUUGCUCAGUGUCAGCGAUCACUACGUUUCGGAUAUGGUGUUACAGGGUACCUGUGCUCCGCCCAACAAGUGGGAGAUGGAUCUUCGCGAGGAUCUGGCCCUGGCCGCACGCUCCGCCUCUCUGAUCUCACAGCCGGCGGAGAACAUAGCCAUUGUGGCGGACAUGGACAAGUGGGAUGUGCGUCUCAUCUCCUCGCAAACCCAGCAGUUUCCAUAUGCCGGCGGCCAGAGCUCGCCGGUGGGCAUGUCUCAGUUGGUGUCCAGCAUGCUGGAGACCGUCCAAGCCAUGCACGCUGGCGGUAUACCUGCCUAUGAGUGUCUGUCGUUUCUGGAAUCGAAGCUGCAGGAAAUCUAUCUUCAAUCGGAGACACUGGCAGCCUUUCUGCUAGAAACGGAUCCAUGUCGACUGAGCGACAUCACUACACCGCUGCAGCUGUCCGAGAACGAUGUGCCGCUGUUGCUGUCCAUCGCCUACAUACAUACACCUAAGAUCAGUCGCAAGUGCGGCAUUAGCUUCAGAUGACAAGCCAAGACAUUGCCAAACAUCGAACCAUUUUAAAAACUGUACCAACCAAUCAUCAUCAUCAGAGAUCAUGCAUCAUCCAAAGCAAAACAAGCAAAUACUCCAGCGAAUUUUCAUUUCACUGAUUAUGUGAUAUAUAUUUAUACGUGUAUGAAUCUAGCGCUUAAAAGCAGGAUACAUUAGUGAGCCAUAGCUUAGCCUUAGCCCUCGAACCCCCACAUACCAUGUACACACAUUCAUAUAUUUAGUUUUUAAUCGACUGGAUGCAAGCCGUCGUGGUCGUUCAUCGAAAUUUAUCACAUCCACUCAUCGCGGUCACAUUGAAGUAUUGUAAAUUAUUCGAACUAGAUUUAGUUGGGUGGGAAUGGGUCGGACGAUGGCGAUGGCGUUUGACGGUGACGAUUACAACCAUGAUUAUAAAGACUCCGGCUUAGCAGCACUCGACACGGACCAUCGGAAUCGAUAUCUUGCCCCCAUACCGCUCCACUUUGUACACUUUGUAGUGCUUGAUUUAGAUUUAAUAAUUUAUGACAGCAGUAAUAUAAUCAUAGAAUUAAUUGUAUACACUUACAAUACCAUAGGGAUGGAGUGCAGCUACUAAAAUAAUUUAUAAUGCAUUCGAGCUAACUAAAACAACAAAUAAAUCAAAAUAUGUAUAUAUUUUUGCAAAGAAUAUACAAGAAUUUUAAAAAAGAUAUACCCU